AUGGUGUUGGCCUCUUUGGGUAGCAGCGGCCAGCGGACGUAUUUCCGGUUCCGCUUCCACCUGCGCCGAGAUCUCGGAAGAGACGCACCGCAGGAUCAGAAGAAGCAGGCUUCCGUUCCGCUGCUGCUUCCCCACCCGAAUCCAAGCUGCCACGCCCCCACCCCGACCCCGACCCCCACGCCCACCCCAACCCCUCCCCAACCCGCGAAGCUGGCGCGCGAGGCGGCCGACGCGAGCGCCCGCAAGCGCAAGGCGGCGGACGGCGGCGAGGUCCCCGACGCCACCACCGCUGCGGAGGUUGCCGCGGCGCCGGCCCCCGGGGAGGACGCGGCCAUGGGCGACGUGCCCCAGGCGCCGCACGCCGCGGAAGGAGGAGGAGGACUGGAGGAGGGGGCGGGGCCGGACCCUAACCCUAGCCCGAGCCUCGGCGGCUGCUCCGACCCCGUGUCGGUGGAGCUCUCCAUGGGCGGGGACUACUACCGCGCCUGCUGCGGCGACCCCGACCCCGACAUCCCCGAGGGGCCCAAGCUGCCGUGCGUUGGGGAAAAGGAACCUCUCUCCUCUUUAGCAGCCGAGUUUCAAUCUGGCAGCCCCAUUUUACAAGAGAAAAUUAAGUUGCUUGGCGAUCAAUAUGGUGCUUUAAGACGGACACGUGGAGAUGGAAACUGCUUUUAUCGAAGCUUUAUGUUUUCCUACUUGGAACACAUCCUAGAGACACAAGACAAAGCUGAGGCUGAUCGCAUCAUGGUAAAAAUUGAGGAUUGCAAGAAGACACUCCUGUCUCUUGGAUAUAUUGAGUUCACUUUUGAGGAUUUCUUUGCGAUAUUCAUUGAUAUGCUGGAAAGUGUUCUGCAGGGACAUGAAACUCCUAUAGGGCCUGAAGAGCUUCUAGAAAGAACCAGGGAUCCACAAGUUUCUGAUUAUGUUGUCAUGUUCUUUAGGUUUGUCACUUCUGGUGAAAUUCAAAGGAGGUCUGACUUCUUUGAACCAUUCAUAUCCGGCUUGACAAAUUCAACUGUGGUUCAGUUCUGCAAGGCUUCUGUGGAACCUAUGGGUGAGGAAAGUGAUCAUGUGCACAUAAUUGCCCUAUCGGAUGCACUAGGUGUACCUAUCCGUGUUAUGUACCUAGACCGAAGCUCGUGUGAUACUGGCAAUCUGAGCGUGAAUCACCAUGAUUUCAUCCCUUCGGCCAAUGCUUCUGAGGGUGAUGCUGCGAUGACAUCUACUCCUGCCGCUGAGAAACCUUACAUCACUUUGCUCUACCGUCCUGGUCACUAUGAUAUUCUCUACCCAAAGUAA